CAGGUUACUGUUGUGCAGCAGUGAUACCUGCCGACGUGUCAUUGACCAUUUAACUGUAUGACAGUCAGUUCAAAGUUCAAGGGAAUAAUUUAUUUUGUAGCCCAAAUAUUUUUUUUGCGUUAUUGCUGUAUUUAGCCGUGAAGCCCUUUGGCUAACUAACUAGCAUUGUUAAAGGCGAACUAGCUGCUCGUUAGCGGCUAGCUUGCUAGCAUCAUGGAUCCUCGCAGCACUGUUGUGGCUAGCAAGCGUUAGCUACACUGGAGCUCAGUUUUCUGGCUACCUAAAUAUAUAUUUUUUUAAUAUUUCUUUGCUUUUCUUGAUUAAACAAGACGAUCUGGUGAGCCAGUGUCUCGUGGUUCAGGAGCAGAACAACUACGGUGGACACAUGGAAAUGGAGGCUGGGACUCUGCAGCCGACUCAUACCUGAGAGAGGAUGAAGGAGGACAGCUGUGCCUGCUGGACUGUUUGACACUGAGUGGGCGUUGGACAAAGGACAGGAGUGUGUUGGUCUUUAUUCAAGCUAAAAACCAAAACAAGACUACAUGAUGAGAAAAGGAAAUCUGGUCCACACUCCUGGCACUGGGAUGUUGCUGAAGACUUUACUGUUCACCAGUCUUCUUGGCUGGGCGAAAUGUCAAGAGAGCCAGAUCAUGACACCAGAGGAGAAGACUGUUAUCAGGGACCAGAUUAUUGAAAUGUUUGACCAUGCUUACGGCAGUUACAUGAAAUAUGCCUAUCCAGCAGAUGAGCUCAUGCCUCUAAGCUGCAGGGGGAGAGUCCGUGGCCAGGAGCCCAAUAGAGGAGACAUAGAUGACUCCUUGGGGAAGUUUUCCCUCACACUGAUUGACACCCUUGAUACCCUGGUGGUGUUAAACAAGCUUGAUGAGUUUGAGGACGCAGUGAGGAAGGCCAUGACGGAUGUACGACUUGACAACGAUGUGGUGGUGUCUGUGUUUGAGACCAACAUCAGAGUAUUAGGAGGGCUUUUGGGAGCCCACGUGAUGGCCGACCUGCUGCGGCAGCGUGGGGAGAGGAUGCAGUGGUAUCGUGAUGAGCUCCUACACAUGGCCAAAGAGCUGGGCCAUCGAUUACUGCCUGCCUUUAACACCACAAGUGGCCUUCCCUACCCUAAGGUGAAUCUGCGGUAUGGAGUCCUAAACCCACUUUCACGCACAGGCACUGAAUCGGACACCUGCACAGCAUGUGCUGGAACAAUGAUCCUGGAGUUUGCUGCCCUCAGCAGACUGUCAGGAGAGUCUGUUUUUGAGGAAAAUGCAAGGAAGGCUCUGGAUGUCCUCUGGCAGAGGAGACAGAGGGGAAGUGACUUGGUGGGGACCGUCAUCAAUAUCCAUAAUGAAGAAUGGGUCCGGAGAGACAGUGGAGUUGGUGCUGGUAUCGACUCUUACUAUGAAUAUCUGAUGAAGGCCUACAUUCUUCUAGGAGACAAUGUUUUUCUGGAGAGGUUCAACAUUCACUACAGUGCCAUUAUGAAGUACAUCAGUCAGCCUCCCCUGCUGCUCAAUGUACACAUGCACAACCCCACUGUGAGCGUGCGCAGCUGGAUGGACUCUCUCCUGGCAUUCUUCCCUGGCUUACAGGUUUUGAGAGGAGAUCUGAAACCAGCUAUUGAGACUCAUGAAAUGCUUUAUCAAGUCACCAAACAGCACAAGUUCCUUCCAGAGGCUUUCACUACAGAGUUUAGAGUUCAUUGGGGCCAACACCUACUGAGACCAGAGUUUGCAGAAAGCACCUACUACCUCUAUAAGGCCACUGGCGACCCUUACUACCUCAGAGUGGGACAGUCGAUCGUGGAAAAGCUCAAUGCCUACGCCAGGGUGCCUUGUGGGUUUGCUGCUGUGCAAGAUGUCCGCACUGGGACGCAUGAAGACAGGAUGGACUCAUUCUUUCUGGCUGAGAUGUUUAAAUACCUGUACCUGCUGUUUACGGAUAAGAGUCAGCUGCCCAUCGAUAUUGACGACUACAUCUUCACCACGGAGGCUCACCUCCUCCCUGUUUCUCUCUCCAUCACCCAACCGCCCUGUCAAGGCAACAAUACGGAGACUGUUCCUGUUUCUCAAGAAGAAGAUCUGUUUACACACUCCUGCCCCAGCAUGGAGACGUUGUUUCCCAACAACCCCUCGUUUGCCAAAACCAUACGGGACAGCUACAAGUACCUCACUGGAGUGGGACGAGCCUUCCACCCCUUACCUGUCAGGGAAAUUGAACUACCGCUCCAUGAUAAUGGGAUGGAGCCAGUAGAGUUCUUGAAGAGCAUGGGCAUUUCUCUCACCCCACUGAAUGAGGUCAUGGCAGGAGAAACUGGAAGUCGGAUGGAGCAUAAAGGAGUGUACCGGGUAAAACUUGUGGCAGAGGUGAGCCACACCACGGAGGAGGAGGAAGUGUUGCCGCAUGUUGUUCAGCUCAUAUCCCCCCCAUAUCUGGGUAGGACAGUCCUCACAGCAGGACCUGCCAAGUUCGGGAUGGACCUCACCAAGCAGGAGCACGGGGUGAAGGGCAGCAUAGUGAAAGCCUCUCCCUACACUGCAUGUGAGCCUAUAGAUAGUGCAGUGGAUCUUAAAGGCCAUAUCGCUCUGGCACUGCGUGGUGACUGCAUGUUUGCUGUAAAGGCCCGUCGGCUGCAGGAAGCAGGGGCCAUAGGAGUCAUCUUUAUAGACCACCGCGAGGGAAGUAAUAGUGAGGAUACUCCCCUCUUCCAGAUGGUUGGUGAUGGCGACUCCACCGAAGACAUCACCCUGCCUUUGGUCUUCCUUUUCAGCCAAGAGGGUGCCGUGCUCACAGCAGCUCUUGAGGAACAUCACAAUGUGGAUGUGCUGCUGCUGCCCAAGGAGAGGCAGCUGGGACAUGAUAAGACAGAAAAACCUGUCAGCAUGAAUAUCAAACUUCGUCUGGCAGAGGAGGGGGAGCUGGAGGACGGAUCAGCCAGAGGGCCCACCUUGGAGUUUGUCUUGGAGAAACAGGAGGUGUUUCUUAAAGAAGAAGAAGAAGAAGAAGAGCUGAGAGGAAAACGACAACAACAACAACCACAGCAGCAGCGGCAGUUCUGCUCACAGGCAGCAGGGAUUGACAGAACUGAACAGUGUUCAGCAGAUUCCUCUCAAAACGCAAACUCUAACAGUAGACCAGACGCGAACCCUUGACCACUGCUGAUCCCGAAGCAGUCAAGUUUCCUAACACUGAUUUUUCAUCAGUUUCUGAAUUGGGUGCCUCUCAGAGCCCCUCACUGCCCACAUGGAGCCCUGACCGACCCAGCCUGCAUGUUUACAGCCGAUGGAGAAGAGGAAAGCAGUGUGAUGACUUCUAAACCUAAAGAUGUAACUACAUUUAUUAGACAAAGAAUCAAAGUGGGGCUUUUACUACUGAAAUGAGGGAUGUCGUGUGACUAAACUAGGUAAGUUAGAGACAAAAAGCUGUAGGUUAAGAUGGCUAGGCUGGUGCUGCCUACGCCCAGCCUGUAGUGUAGCUAGGCACAUACAAGGUGUUUGUGAGGAUAAUGACAUUAAAAUUCCUCACCUUGAGGAAAACAUAGAUAAGGCAAACAUGUACUCUGCUAGGUUUUUUAUGCAAUGCUGUUUGUUUUUAAGGUGGAGUGCACCUUUUCACUUCAACAGCUGCUGUUAAGUAUUCUGUGAUGGGGAAUGGGAUAUCACCUGGCCAGUAGGUGGUGUUAGCUACCGUAGCCUCUCAAUAAUAUGAUGGUAGAAGAUGAAGGAGAUGUGCUGGGGCCAAUUUGGAAAGUUUUUUUUUUUUUUUUUGUACUAGUAAAUAUCUUCAGGGAAUUUCAAGAGUGAAUGCAGUUUGCUAGGUUGACCCUUUUGAUGAAAUGUUCAUGUUUUUGUUCUGCACUUAAUUUCAAUAGUGUGUGCGUGUGUGUGUGUGUGUAUGUGAGUCUGCAAUGUUUUUAAUAUCUAAAACACCCAAGAAAGAGUCUGAGCUAAAACAUCAUUGCUAUCAGAUGAAACCCUCCUUUUUUUUUAGGAGUCAUCAUGCAAGGAAUAAAAAGUCUGUAGGAUUAACCACCAUGAAUUUAUGAAAUUAAGUUUGGAUUUUUCAGGUUGUAUGCUUCUUGUUUUCCAGCCUAUAAAUAACUUUGUAGUCAUUAUUGAAUUGUUAUUAAUCAUGUCACCUUAAAAAAUUGCAAAAAAUGACCAAAGCUGGGUUUUUUUGCAACUGAAGUCUUCAUGUAACUCUGGUUAAGUUCCAGAUGCAGCAUCACAGGUUGGUGAGCAGUCCCAGACUGCUAUGCACUUUGAAACACGGGUAUGAUGAUCGUCUAUGGCAGAUUCAUUUAUUUGUGUGUUGAAAUUAGUAAUUGCAGUCAUACAUCAACCAAUUUACAUUGUGCACUUAUGCAAUGUUUUCAGCCACCUAUAUAGACAACUCUACGAGGAUAGUUUGAGAACCCAAAAAAACAUUCUAAUAUUUAGUGACUCAUACAUUUAGAUUGUUUUUGCAUUAUCUAAAAUGAUAACAGUCAAACUGGAAAGGCCCAUUAAAUCCUGUGCAUUGUUUCCAAACUAUGGUACAGUUAAGUGACACUCUCUACACAAACUGAACCAUUUAUUACGAAGAAUCACGUUUUGUGACAACUCAAUAAUAUGCAGAACUCUUUUAACAGCUCAUAUUCACUUCAUUCUCACUAAUAAUUUGUUGCAUUAAUUUAUUUUCUUUCUUUUGUGGUACAUUAAAUGUGAGCUUAUUUUUGUGUGGGGGAAAAACACUUUUCAUGCCAGAGUUUGUUUUCUUUUAUGUCAUUACAGUGGACCUGUUGUUGAUGCAGCUGAGUUAAUUUUAAGCCUUAAUCCAACAUGACUUUUUUUUGUUUUUGUUUUGUUUAGCCUGUAUGAGGCUUUGCCAACCAGUAUACCUCAGGCCCUCUGUGUGUUACAGCUCACACAGAGAAAAGCACCUUUUUUUUUUAUCGUUUUACAUGCUAUUUCAUUUUCAGCUGUUCUCUGAGAUUUCUGUUGAUUAGUGGCUGAAAGUCAAGUGCCAAAAGAUGCAUGACGUGACCCCGGUUUACGUUUCACAUCUUCUUUGUGUUUAGUUUCUGACUGUGAGCCAAGGCAGUCUUGUCAAUAAAUUUGAAAUCACAAUUACCAAAGAUUUUUACCUAUGUUUCCCUGCAUUAUAGAUUUAAAUUAAUCAGCAUUUUAAG